GGUUUACGCACGACAUGCUUACCAAGCUCCACCGUUGGCUGUAAGAGUGACCCGUGCUAUGCUUGAAAUACGUCGUUCGCCACCUCGACAGCUUAGCAAACCAAGGCAAAGACGCGUGGCUCAAGAUUCACAAGAAUCGCGACCAGAACAACCAUCAAGGCUCUCCGUCCAACAGACACCAAAUACAAACAAUACGGACAGCCAGGCAUCCACCCCGCAUCCUACGAAACCUCUUAAUCCUCCUCGUGCUGCAACGAAGAAGAAGUCAAUCUUUGACUUACUUCGCUCCGAAAAUUUUUCAGAUCCCUUGUUAGGCUGCCGCCGUGCGCAGCAUAGACGUGUUUAG